AUGGCUAGGAAUAUCAUGGACCUCCCAACCGAGAUGAUCUUAUCUGUCUUCAAGCACCUGAGUCUUCCAAGCCGAGCAGCGUUUGCCCGAGUAUCAAAAAGGGCCAACCGACUUGUCACAGAAGAGCUCUAUAAGCUCGAUGAUAAGAAUACAGUCCCGAAGAAAGCUGGAGCAGCUGCAGGUAGUGCUCUGAUGUCUGAACUACAAUACGCUCUCUCGAAGACCGACAACGAAGACGGAGAACAGCUUAUGCUUCGGAUCCUAAAAGGCAGCCUCAAGGCCAUAAAACGCAGCCCGGAACGACAAGCAGCGGCUCUGAUACAUUGCUGUACAUUCGGUUUCGAACGUUCCCUGCGUAUCCUCCUCGACGCCGGAAUCCCACCCGACCCAAGCCAUGACCUGGUGAGACAAUAUAGCAUGGUCCCUCUUUUUGCCGCCAUUGAGAACGGGCAUAUUAAUAUCAUCCGGAGGAUGAUAAAAGCCGGUGCAAGCCUACGACGAUACGACUUUGACUGCACCGCAGAGAUUAUCCGUCUGGCGCCCAAGGCUAUUGUGAGAGAGAUAAUGCAAGGCCUGAACCUGGAGAUACUGUCCGAGAAACAAGACAACCUGCUUCACAGGGCUUGUACGGAUAGUGAAUGGACGAGGGAGGAUGUCAAGGUGCUGUUGGAUCAUGGCAUCAGCCCUUACCAUGUUAACUCGGCUCGACAAACCCCAGUGGCGUAUUGCUUCUUCGAGGCUACGAAGAGUUCGCGCGAGGAAGCCGAGAUUCUCGACCUUCUGUUAAAGCACGAUAAUCGGAUCACCAAUUCUCCAUGUGAUGAAGAUUACCACCCCCUGCAUAUAGCCUGUGAGGAGGGAACGAAGGAAAUGGUACAGCUGUUAUUGUCCAGGGGGGCGAAUCCAAACUACCAAAACCCCGUCAACGGCCAGUCUGCACUACAUGCCCUAUCCCAGAGAAAGGAACAGACGCCUGUUAUUCUGGCAGCUCUGGUGAAUGCGGGUCUCUCUCUAGACACGGAUGCCUACUCGUUCAGGGUAUUCAUGCUAAAGGCCUUGGAGCAAAGCUGGACGAGGUAUCUUGAAUUCAUUCAUCAAAAUUGUUUAGACCAUCUGAAAAGGAUGGAUUGCUAUGAUCUCCUCUUCAAGGGCGCUGUGGUUGCCGGAGAUAUAGACACCAUGCAGACUAUGAUUUCCAGCGACGUCGUUGAUAUUAAUUCGAACGCUUAUGAAGCCACAGCAUUGAUGGCGGCGUGUACAGCAGGGAGAGAACAAGUAGUUGAAUUCCUUCUUAAUGAAGGAGGUUUCUCUAACGUCAAUUACAAGAACCCCCAGAAACUCACUGCCAUACACGCUGCAAUCAAGCGUGGAUCGAGUGCUGAAGGCAUAAUCCGGCUUCUCCUCCCAUCCACCGAUUUUGACAACACUCCGGAAACCAAAAGCAAUUCCACACCACUAACUGACGCAGCUGUGGCCCUAACCGGGGAGGUUUUCUCCCUGCUCGUUCAGAAGUACAUACAGAGCAGGCCCUCGAAGAAGGAAUUUACGAGGGCUCUGACCGAGGCGUUUGUGGAUGCAAUGAGUGCUGACAACCAGGGCACCGCGGAGGCAAUUAUACACUACAUAAAGGACAUGCAAUUGGCAGUCGAAGAUGACCAUGCUUUUCUCUUUGCAGCCAUUGACGAUGGGUGUGAGGAAAUAGCCCACUUGCUGAUCGACAAUGAUCUAACGCUGGAUACUCCCUUCGGAACGCAUACUCCGCUGAUGUGUGCAAUUGACCAUGGGUAUAGCGAUAUUGCCCUGAGGUUGAUUGAGAGAGGCGUUGACCUGCAUGCCAAAUCGCUUGAUGGUGAAACGGCGUUGAUUCGUGCUUGUGCCGACGAUGAUCCUGAUACCGGCAAUGCAGACGUUGUGCGAGAGUUAAUACACAGGCAGGUUAACCUGAAUGCUACAGACAUUGUUGGUGAGGCAGCUAUUGACUAUGCUGUGUUGAGCUGCAAUGCGUCUGCGGUGUAUCAACUGUUGGAAGCACGGGCAAACGUCACUAGCAAGCUUCUACGUACAGCGGCCAAGGGCACAGAGAAAGGAAUCCUCAAAGCUCUUUUGCGAGUCGGUCCGAAGAGGAAUAUCAACGCGUACGGGCCAAGCAAAUGGAAUACUCCGCUGUGUUGCGCUGCAUCCUCUGGCAGCGACAAGAUGGUGCGUACCCUAAUCGAGAACGGGGCAGCUGUGAAUCAGCGAAAUAAAGCUCAUCAGACUCCGCUCAGUGUGGCCGCCAUCCAAGGUGAACUUCUCGUUGUCGAAGCUUUGCUGGAGGCUGGAGCUAUCGUGGAUGCGGCUGAUAGUCAGGGAGAAACGCCGCUCUCCUGGGCUGUACAGAAUGGCCAUGCUGACGUUGCGUGGCUUCUUAUCAGGCAUGGAGCAAAUACCGGCAUGCACCGGGCUAAUGAGAGGACACUGCUACAUGUUGCUGCUGAAAGACAGGAUGCGUCUAUGGUUUCUGCACUGAUGUAUGGCGGCUGUAGUCCGUUUGUCACUGACGGUCAGGGGAGGACGCCGUUGCAGCUGGCAGAGAAUGAUGCUGUACUUGCGGCCCUGUAUUCCAGCCACCCAGCAGUUUAUGCUCGAUAA